GACAGCCGCCGUUUCAAAGGGGAGGGAAAAGAAGCACUGUAACGGGGGAAAAACAGGCCUGGCUUUAGCUUGAACUUUUGUCGUUUUCGGUCCGAAUAUAAGAGCGAAAUGUCGAAGAACACAGUGUCCGCACGCUUCAGGCGAGUGGACGUGGACGAGUACGACGAGAAUAAAUUUGUGGACGAGGAGGACGGAGGAGAAAACCAGCUGGGUCCCGACGAGGCAGAGGUGGACUCCCUCAUCAGACAAGGAAAUCUCAUGGAGGCUUUACAUGCAGUACUGAAGAACCCACCAAUCAACACAAAGAACCAGAACGUCAAGGAUCGUGCAGAGAGUCUGGUGCUGAAGGUACUCAGCGCCUUCAAGAGCAGUGACAUCGAGAAAGGGGUGCAGUCCCUCGACAAGAAUGGCGUCGACCUGCUGAUGAAAUACAUCUACAAAGGCUUCGAGAGGCCGUCGGAAAACGGCAGCGCCGUCCUCCUGCAGUGGCAUGAAAAGGCACUUGCAGCUGGAGGAGUGGGCAGCAUCGUCAGGGUACUUACAGCGAGGAAGACGGUUUAAAACGAAGAGCGGAGGAGCAGUUCACUCCACAUCGCUGACAGAUACAGGGGGUGCACUGCACUUUACAUGUAAUCUAACAGAUCGCAAAGGGAAGAAAAAGGAACACUAGAUUUUUUUUAACCCAAGGAGAUCCUAUUGCUUUUAACGCUAGACUAAAAAAAUAAUAAUAAUCCGGGUCACAUUAGGUUAAAAAGAAAUGAGUUUCUUGUUUCUUCCCAUGCAUGAUCUAAGCCUACUAAAUUGUAUUCCUGCUACAGAUAACGUCACACCGUAUGCGUCUGUUCUGCUUCCCUGAUCUAUGUUUUUACCAUACAGUAUGUGCUCAUGCUAUACACAGUAUCUACAGCUCGUAUGAACAACAGUUUCACACGUACUUGUGUUGAAUCACGGGAAUGAUGUAUAAAUUCACUAUAACACUGAUUUCAGCUUUGUUUCUCUCAGGAAAACUCUCUCAGUAUUUGUUUUCCACCUCUCUCUUUUGUUUUCUCUGCUGAUGUGUGCUUAGUCGAGGCUUCCUGAUAGAAAAAAAAAAAGUCUGAUUCUCUCAGUAAAUCCUAUCAUUGCCUCUCCUGAUAACACUUUAACAGUGGGAGUCUCCUGAAAAGCACAGUCACAGAUGGAGGGUGGUGGAUUUGCGAAUGGGGGUUGAUAUUCACCCCGGGGAGCGGGAGGUGGAAGAGGAGGGGUGGUGGUGGUGUUGUUUUUCAUCCAUCCAUCCUUUCACGCUCCCUGCUGCCCGAGUUAAGGAUUAUGACCCACGAUGCAGCUCCACUACCACUCAUAUUAAUCCCACUUUACUAUUCCUCACAUCCUGUUUAUGUCUGUCUGUCUUGGACUUUCUCAUGCACUCUCCUCUGCUGCACAGGGCAUUAUGUGGCUCUGCUGGUACUGUUUAUAGGAGCUGCAUUUUUUCUCUCUGUACUUUCAGCAAAAUGACACGCUGAGAGUACUUUCUCAGAUUGUUUUUCUUAUUUUGUUAUUUAACAGAAAAAUAAUCUAGGAUUAUCUAUUUUCCUCUUUGUUUUUGUUAUUGUUUUAUAGUAAUCAUUUUUUUUUUCCCACGACUGAGAGGUUUGACAAAAUAAGCAUGCUUGCUUUGCAGAAGAGACCAAGAUUAGAUACUAAAUAUUUGGUGUAUUUGUAAAUGGAGAGGGACUAUCAGUGGAUUAUAAAAUAUAUUGUUUGCAUGAUCCCACUUUGAUGGUUUCGAGUAUUCUCUCAAGCAUUUCAUACCUGUCUUUUGUACGUUUGGUGUCUCCUGGGGGGGAAAAAAACAUUUUUGUAAUGAAUCUGAGGUUAAAUUUAUGUAUUUAAAAUGAAUCCUACACAUGUUGUAUUGUCUUGCAGUAGAAAGACAUACAGUUAUUACCACAUACAUCUGUAAUUCCCAUACCUGUCUGCCUUAUGAGGUGGAUUGUGUCUGUUGCCAAAUGAAUUAUUUUGCUUUCAUGGGACUAAUGUAGAUAAUUUAGUUGCCCUUGUGUAUUAGUGAUGACUUACAGACAGAGUUGUGGAGUUUUUACAAUAUUCAGUAUAAAUGAACAUAAAAGCAAAGUGUUGCAGUUCAAAAAGUUGCUCUUUGAAAAUAAGCAACCAUAGCUUUGCUUCUUAUGUAGAGAUAGUGAUACAAGGAAUUCAGUUCCAGCAUAAUGUUUUGUUUCUGCUAUUUUCCAAUCAAGCACUGAGUGAAGGUGGAGUUUCUUAAGGGAUGGUGCUUUUCAUAAAAACACAAAAGCAUUAUCACAGUUUCCACCAGUUUGUAUUUAGACAUGAGUUUGCCAUGUUUAAAUAUUGUCAUCAGUGAUGAUGCAUCCAGACAUUAGAUACCUUUUCUAAUGCAGUAACCGCUAGAUUUACAUGAGAAUAAAAAGGAGAGUGGUAUUUCUAGUCAAAGAUGCUCUUCUGGCCGAUGGCAAGAAGACCAGGGAACGUACUAACCUGAUGUACAAAACUGCCUUACUCAAAUAUUCCUUUUUUAUGUUUGUGCUUUUUUGACAAAAUAAAUAAAUGGUAUAAAUGCUGA